UGCAGACUUGUUCCUACCCACAGUGAGUAGCCUGAAGGAGUAGGUUCGGAAAGUAAACUACUGCUUUUAUGCUGACCAGACUUGACUGCUCGCUUUGAACUCAGGCAUGAACACAGUGGAGGAGCGCCUUCCUGGAAUCUGGCCCGGUUUUUCUUAAACGCGCCAAAAAAAAAAAAAAAAGACAACGAAGCUCUUGGACUUGUUCGUGCUUUGGUGCUGAAUUGUGCAAAUACUACUUUUGAAAUCUGACGGGGGGGCAUAAGUAACUACCCCGGAGCCAACGGAACUGAAAACAGGAUCAUCCUACCCAGAUGUCCUGAGGUUCCCAGGAGCGCAACAGGGAAUCUGGAACCAAAGGAGUGAUUGUGGAUUCGGGAGCCAAGCUCGCCUCUCCGGGCCUAACUCUGCAAACCGCUGGGCUGGACGGUGGUUAGCACACCUGGGAGCCCGCACUUGUCACCCGCCGUUGCCAGCUAAGCGUCCGCGGAGGCGGUUGAAAGUCCCGGAAGGGCAGAAAGGGAGCCGGCGUAGGCGGCCGUGACUCAACCAGCCAGCAGCGCUGGGGAUAAAAGGGUUAAGUGGGCGUGGUCCGUGGUGUUCCGCCCCGGCAGACCCCGCCCACGGAGGCCGCGGCUGGCGUGCAUAUUUAUAGAGGCGGUGCCCGGGGAGCCAGGGCGUCCCUGUGCCCGCAGUCCCGCGUCAUGGAGCGGCCGGCGCCCUUGGCCGUGCUGCCCUUCUCCGAUCCCGCGCACGCCCUGAGCCUGCUGCGCGGCUUGAGUCAACUACGCGCCGAGCGCAAGUUCCUGGACGUGACCCUGGAGGCGGCGGGCGGCCGCGACUUCCCCGCGCACCGCGCCGUGCUAGCGGCCGCUAGUCCCUACUUCCGCGCCAUGUUCGCGGGGCAGCUGCGCGAGAGCCGCGCCGAGCGCGUGCGCCUGCACGGGGUGCCGCCCGAUAUGCUGCAGCUGCUCCUGGACUUCAGCUACACCGGCAGAGUGGCCGUGAGCGGCGACAACGCCGAGCCGCUACUGCGCGCCGCGGACCUGCUGCAGUUCCCCGCCGUGAAGGAAGCGUGCGGCGCCUUCCUGCAGCAGCAGCUCGACCUGGCCAACUGCCUGGACAUGCAGGACUUUGCCGAGGCCUUCAGCUGCUCGGGGCUGGCUAGCGCGGCGCAGCGCUUUAUCCUGCGCCACGUGGGCGAGCUGGGCGCCGAGCAGUUGGAGAGGCUGCCGCUGGCCCGCCUGCUGCGCUACCUGCGCGACGACGGACUGUGCGUGCCCAAGGAGGAGGCGGCCUACCAGCUGGCACUGCGCUGGGUCCGCGCCGACCCGCCGCGCCGCGCGGCGCACUGGCCGCAGCUGCUGGAGGCCGUGCGCCUUCCCUUCGUGCGCCGCUUCUACCUGCUGGCACACGUGGAGGCCGAGCCGCUGGUGGCGCGCUGCCCGCCUUGCCUGCGCCUGCUGCGCGAGGCCCGCGACUUCCAGGCGGCACGCUACGACCGACACGACCGCGGGCCCUGCCCCCGCAUGCGUCCGCGCCCGUCCACCGGCCUAGCGGAGAUCCUGGUGCUGGUGGGAGGUUGCGACCAGGACUGCGAUGAGUUGGUCACCGUCGACUGCUACAAUCCGCAGACAGGCCAGUGGCGCUACCUGGCCGAGUUCCCCGACCACUUAGGCGGGGGCUACAGCAUCGUGGCGCUGGGCAAUGACAUCUACGUGACGGGCGGGUCUGAUGGCUCCCGGCUCUAUGACUGCGUGUGGCGAUACAACUCAAGUGUGAACGAGUGGACAGAGGUGGCACCCAUGCUCAAGGCCCGAGAGUACCACAGCUCUUCUGUUCUGGACGGGCUACUGUAUGUGGUGGCAGCCGACAGCACAGAGCGCUAUGACCAUGCCACCGACUCCUGGGAGGCUCUGCAGCCUAUGACCUACCCCAUGGACAACUGCUCCACCACCGCCUGCCGAGGCCGGCUGUACGCCAUCGGCUCCCUGGCGGGCAAGGAGACCAUGGUGAUACAAUGCUAUGACCCGGACACUGACCUGUGGUCACUGGUGGACUGUGGCCAGCUUCCACCUUGGUCCUUUGCGCCCAAGACUGUGACCCUGAAUGGUCUCAUGUACUUUGUCAGGGACGACUCUGCCGAGGUGGAUGUAUACAACCCCUCCAAGAAUGAAUGGGACAAGAUCCCGUCUAUGAAUCAGGUACAUGUUGGGGGCAGCCUGGCCGUCCUGGGAGGCAAGCUCUAUGUCUCUGGGGGAUAUGACAAUACAUUUGAACUCUCGGACGUGGUGGAGGCCUAUGACCCAGAGACCCGGGCAUGGAGUGUGGUGGGGCGGCUUCCGGAGCCCACCUUCUGGCAUGGUAGCGUGAGCAUCUUCCGUCAGUUCAUGCCACAGACACCAGCAGGGGGCCGUGGCUUUGAGCUGAAUAGUGGCAGCAGUGACAUGGAUGCAGGCCGCCACAGGCUGCCUCAGAACCCUGACGAGCUGCACUAGCCCAGGCCUGGCCCAAGGGAGGGCCUUUUCACAAGGGGCCUGGCACCUGCAGAGGAGCGGCCUCUCCUUUUUGCACAUGAACCGGAGCAGUGGCUCCUGGCUGCUGAAUGAGCCCUAGAGGUAUCGUGUGACGGUUCCUAUACACUCGGAGCCUGUGUCACAGCUUCUCGGGGCUGAAGCUGAUGGUGACCUGUGUGUGUGGUCAAGAACCAGUGGCUGCUCCACCAUCCUGUAUCUCUGCCUUCCAGAAGUUACCUCCAGCUUGUAGUAUCCAACUCACCGUGCAGUGUGCCUCUCCUUGCUGCCUCUUCCCGGGCCUGCUUGACCCAGGGCAGAAGGCAAGGGUCCCUAUGACAGAGUGGCCUGGCCUGGAACACUGGAGACCCAGGAAGACAAAGGCUACAACAGAGAGCUAAACUCCACCUCUAGCGCCAAGGCUCCCGGCAGCCAGGUCCAAGGAGCAUCAGUUCACCUAGCUUUGUAUGUCUCUUAGGCCUCACCAGACAGCAGGGUAGGCUUUCAGGAGUUGAGGACUGACUGAGCUGGGGGAUUAAACCACAGUGUGAGCUUGAAGGGGUCUGUUUCCAUAGUUCAUGCCCUCGCCUGGCCAGGAGGCCCUCCCUGGGGCUCUGUCCCAAGCCUGCAGGGGCAAGGCUAGAGGAAAAGACCGUGCCUCCUCGAGAAUCUCACUGAUACUUGGCCGAACGGACAGAUGCCGGGCCUGGGAGCGACGACUCCUGCUUCAAAAGGAAGCCAAGCGGGGCGGCCCCAGCACUUGGUUCUAGGUUUGAAAUGCUUGCGGUUUGAACUUGAAAAGAAGUAGAGGGGUUGGGAGAAGAGACAAGUGGCCCUGUCUGACUUGAAGAUGUACAGGUCACCAUUGUUAGACUUUUCCUGCCAUCGUGCGGGAGACAGGAUGUCUGAGAGCUCAGGCCCAGGUGCACGAGUAGCGAGACACCUGAGUCACAGCUCAGGGACCCCUGGGUUUCUUCCUGACCUUGAGUGGUUUCGUGGGUUUGGGGGCUGGGACCAUUCAAGGUACCCAGUGGCUUCUCUGCUCGAGUCUGUCAUGUUUCUUUGUGGAGAAGAGGGCGUUAGGACUGUCACGUUAGAGACAAAGCCAAGGUUCAGGGUGCGCUGGUGAACUUGGCUGACGGAUGAGGCUCCAGGAAUGGAGUGUCCCCAUCACACACCACAGCCAUCUUCUUGGCCAGGUGGCAGAAGAGGCUGCCUUAAUUUCCCAGGCACCUGCCUUCUUCCUGUUUGGUUUGAAAUCUGUUUCUAAAAUGCUCUCCCGGGCGCCUGACCCUGGGGAAGAUUGUGCCAGCCCAGGCCCACUGAUGCCCUAGGGCUCCUGUAGGGUGUGCGGCUGUGCUUUCUGUCCUCUGGUGCUGUCAGCCCAGCCCUCUAGUGCCUCUCCUUCCUCUUGGCCUAGUAAACUCUUUCCGUGAGCCUUAAGAGCUGUCACCCAGAGGUGUUGAUACUCCAUGAGGUGCCUUGGCAUGGCAGGGUGGAAUCUUGUGUAUCGGGAACUAAGCUCAGUGCUGGGGAAAGUAGCCUGGCCACCACUGUCAGGUCCUUUGGGGGACAGGCUAGGGGCUUCCCAGGGGAAGAGCUGCACUGCCGCACUCUCCUGUGACUGCAGUGGCUCCUGCCUUAUCGUGCACCCUUGCACAGGGCCCCUCUGCCCACCUCCAGAGAUACUCAGGUUUGCACAUCACGACCCACGUCUGGGUAGGCACUCACUGUGGUCCUCCCACUGGGAGUCCAGGACAGUCCCUCCCUCAGCUUCACCUUUGCCACGGGCUCUGGGCUGUAACCCAUCAUUUGACACAUGUCUACACACUAACAGGGAUGAAAGCUGGGCUACCUGGGUAUGGGAUUGUCCCUGUCACAUGUAUAAAGCUUUUAUAUGUCAGGAUAAAAUUAAGUUAUGAAAAGUUCUGUGCCUGGUAUUUGCUGAUCUAUAAGGUAUUUCUUAUAUUUAUGACUUCAGAGACUUGUGUAAUAAUGAAGGUCACCUUCCUUAGGUGACUAGCAUUCAGUCACACCAGUGGCUGGGGCAGAUUUGUAUAUUUAUUUCUGUCUACUCUCUAGGCUUCUGUGUCCAGCAUUCUAAGGUUUUAGGAUGCUCCCCUAUUUUUUGAAAUAAAAUGUUUCCUACA